AUGAAAUUAGGUGAUUUUGGAAUUACAAAAACUGGAGAUUAUUUAUAAUCUAAUGUUAGUACCUAUUCUUAUAUGGCUCCUGAUAUGAUUGAUUUAAAUAAUUUAAAUUACAAUUAAAAAGUGGAUAUAUGGGCUCUUGGGUAAAACAAGCCAUAAAUAAACUUGUUAUAAUAAAUGCUUUAAGUCAUCCCAGAAAAUAGGAUUAAUAUAAAUGAAGUUUUAAAAUAAGUAAAUCUUAGAUAUAAAAUUUAAGCUUAGAAAAUAAAAAACUUUAAUAACAAUUAUAAUAAUAUCGUAUGA